AUGCGGGGACAUUCUGCCUGCACUCCUAUUGUCAGCAAAGUGUGGGGUUCACAUACUUUGCUCCGCCAAAGCGACCACCGUCUUCCGUCUCGGGCAAAGCUGCCCGGAUCCCCAUUCCGAAGCACCGUGCCCCUCAAAAAGACUGGGAACAUUGCGGGCUUGGCUCGUUUUUUUCUGGCGUUUUCUCUCCAAUUUUCCUCACACUUGAUGUUCCCGCACGUCGUGCACGCCCAAGAAAUCGGCGUGACCUACAUUCACCUCAAGCAAAGUUUCGGUGGAGACACUCUUUUUUCUUUUGACUUGAGUACAUUCGGCCGCCAGUUCUUUUCCCAAUUUCCUCUGCACUUCGUUUUUCCCUCCUUAGGACCGUUUCGACAUCGAAAACCUUUAUCGUUUUUAGUUUCCUCAUUCCUCUUUGCCGUUCCGCGGCUUUUCUCUAUGUGGCCCUACAUUGUUUUGCAAUACACAUCAAAGCCCUUCUCAAUCUACUAA